AUGCCAGAAGGUGGUGAGGUCCCGAACCAUUGCAAGGAUUGCGUCUGGAAAGAGAAAAUCCAACCCAAACUCAAGUAUGCGCUCAACGACCGGUGCCCGCAGUGUACCCAGAGGGGCAAAGCCGGUGUCCCACAAAACCCAAUCGGGCACGACUUGCAUCGCACGAGGCACCUCGAGUAUAACCUUGACAAGGCACUGACCGAAAUCAUGUCCCUCGUCCAGCCAGAGUUCAUCACGCGCGAGACGGAGUCCUCGCUGGAGAAGACCAUGGCCGAUGACGAAUGCCGUCAGGUCAACCGCUCUCUACUGAGGGUCACGAUCCUGACGGGGCUGGAGAACACGAUCUGGCGCCGGGCGGAAAAGGAUAACAUCUCGGAAGAGCAGUCAAAAAGACAUAAGGCAGGGGUGCAGUCCGUUGAAGAACUUCUGAAGCAGUGGCUCAUGCCAAUGGAUUUCCGCAACACCGCCAGGCGCAUGUGGUAG